UCUUACUCUUCUUGAUUUGCAUGAGUGUCUGUGAUUGGCUGCUGCAAGGAGAUACUGCCCUCUCUCGAUUGGCUGAGAGCAGAAGGGGGGCAGGUGAUGUGUGAGCAUGAAUAUAAAGUGCAGCCUUGACAGGCACACUGGCAUCUGCUCUCAUCCAAACGGUUCUCAGACGAGGAUCCGCAGGAAGGUCGGCGAGAGCGUUUAAAAGAGGCGUUUAGUGAGAAAAAGAGCUCAUCAUGUCUUUCGAGGUGAAGGAGAAGACAGAGGUGCGCCUCGCGUUCUUGGGAGCGGCUGGAGUUGGAAAGACGGCCCUCAUCCAACGCUUCCUCAAUGACACCUUUGACCCCAAGCACCGGCGCACCGUGGAGGAGCUCCACAGGAAGGAGUACGAGGUGGCGGGCGUCAAAGUCGCCAUCAACAUCAUGGACACCAGCGGCAGCUACUCCUUCCCCGCCAUGCGCAAGCUCUCCAUCCAGAGCAGCGACGCCUUUGCCCUGGUCUACGCCGUGGAUGACCCCCAAUCCCUGGACGCGGUGAAGAGGCUGCGGGACGAGAUCCUGGAGAUCAAAGAGGACAAGUUCACGCCCAUCGUGGUGAUCGGCAACAAAAGCGACUGCCGCAAAGAGCGCCAGGUGUCCAGCGAGGACGUGCUGUCCACGGUGGAGCUGGACUGGAACCACAGCUUCCUGGAGUCUUCCGCCAAGGACAACAUCAACGUGCUGGAGGCGUUCAGAGAGCUGCUCCAGAGGGCCAACCUGCCCAGCCGGUUCAGCCCGGCGCUGUGCCGGAGACGGGAAACCUUCCCCAAGGAGAGCCGCAAGCGGACCAAAAGCUGCCUCAUCACGUAGCGGCGUGGAGAAACACGCACAAAAGAGACUUUGAGGGGGCUUUUUGUCCAAGAGACAAGUGCUGAGUCAUGAAACGGAGCGCGAUGCCCGGAGAGCUCGGCAUGCGAACCCACUAAACCACUGGAGGCAUCAAGGUGCGCCAGUACCCACGAACACAGAGACCACCUGAGGAGCGCUCGGCCCGUCUGAAGACUUUAGUGAACCCGUGUGCAGAGACGUGUGCGUGCUGCGAAUGUGUCGACAUGGUGGCGUGACGAAUCGGGAAGCAGCGUUGUGUCGUCAGCUCAGUUUGACACUCGAGUGUGCGUCAGGUUUCAUUUUCAAGUGUUUGUUAUUGUUGUUAGAAAUGUGCAAUAACUGUGAUGUGGUAUUUAUUCUGAACGCAUUAUGUUGUGAAUUAUUGUGAAGCAGAAAUUAAUUUAAAUACACACUUACUGGUGUUUUCUAUCUCUUGGUGUCUGAUCAAUACAUUUUAAUGUAAUGGGAGAUGUUAUACCAUAUUUUCUUUUCACAAUAAAAGCACAAAAACCAAGAUUAAAAAAAGAAAACACACAUACAUAUUUAUACACACACAAAAACCGUUGACAAUACCUCGUCACAUUGAUGCUUAGCUUCUUAAUACAAUUUAUUCUUGUUUAAAAAAAAAAGGAAGUAUGUGUUUGGGGGGCAUAUCAACAUUGAGAAAUUAUUAGUAAUGACGUUUUAUAUUAGGUUAUUAAUUCUGUCCUGGCAUAUUACUUGUUCAUUCAACAGCGUAUUUGAUGACUGUAAUUUCACUAAGUGUUUACGAAAACUUAUCCUGAGAACAGAACUGGUGUGACCAGAAAUGUAAGAUUUAAAAAGUAAGAAAAGCAGAAAGUGCUGCUUCCCCUGACCGUCUGUCUGUAUUUUAAGCGAUGGGUGUUGAUUGUAAUGUACCACAUAAAUCCCUUUAAAGCUGUAUUGAUCAUAAAUGGCUUAUCCUGGUGAAAUAAAGUGAAAUGAUGGAUGUAU